CGACCGACGUCCAGUUGCUCCUUUCCGCCGUACAGUAGUGCCUCAUCAACUUCCCUCUUGAGACCAUUUCCAUACGCUACACCAGCUAACAACAAUGGCCGCCGCCAUCCAAGCUGAUAUGAACAAUGGUUUUGCGCGGUUAGAAAGGCUUAUUGCGCAGAACCACCGCGAUACAACUGCAAAAUAUGACAACCUGAACAAGAAAGUGGACAAGCUGGACAAGAAAGUGGACAAGCUGGACACGAAAGUAGAGAAUCUAAGCACGCAAGUAGAGAAGCUCUUUGUCAUUGCAGGCAAACACCAGACAUCGAUUGACGAGCUGAACGCGAAGCAGGACAAGCUCUUUGUUGUUAUGGACGCUCAGCAGACAUCUGUCAAUAAGGUUGUGGCUGAUAUGGCUGAAGUCAAGAAAGAGCAGUCGAGCCUGUCAGAGAGGCUUACUCACCUCUUGGCGGAAAUCACCAAACUUGCAGCUGACACAGCGAAGGGGCUCGAGAUAUGGGCUGAGAAGACCCAGGAGAAUGUGACGAAUCGUAUCCUUGAGGUGCGCGAUACGCGCUAUGAUGCGCUAAUGAAGGAGCUCGACAAGAUCAAGGCCAAAAGCCAGCCCGUCGGGCCAUAUAAUCGUGGAAUCGGCAGUGCCCAGUCCCCACCAGGCACCCCAGGCGCCCGCCCGUCACUAUACCCCGCACCUCGCACGUAGGCUGCAAGAUCAUGAAUUUGACUCAUGAGGGCCUUGUGGUCUGCGUCUCGUCGUAUUUAAAAUGCUCUGACUAUCCUGCUCUCGAGUGCUAUCAAAUCCCCCUGCUCUGCACAGUCGCUAUCGCUCUCCACUCAUUACUGUUCAUUUCAUUCUGCCCUAUCCCGAGGACAAGGGUGCUCGAUGCUACCUCAUUGCUAUCGUCUCGCUGCUCACAGGUUAUUCUAAUGUAUUGCGUCGCGCUUCAAUGUUAUGAUAAACAUCGCCCAGA